AUGACUACUUCAUCGACUUCCAUUCCGAUUAUUAUUAAGUAUGGUAAUACAAUUUAUCAUAUGAAUCUUGAUAAACAAUCAAAUCUUUCGAAAUUAGAACAAUUUAAUAUGAUUGCUAAUCAUAUUCAUAUAUCAUCGGAUCGUUUAAAACUUAUUUAUAAAGGCAAACGAUAUACAAAAGAUAAUUGGCAAGAUUUAUCUCUUAUAUCAAAUAUGACUUUUUUAAGUAUUGGAGAACAGAAUGAAGAUGAAACAGAUAUAAAUACAAAAGAUAUUGAAUGUCUUAUGCAACAAAUGAAAAUUGAUCGAAAUACAGCUAUUAAAGCUUUAAAACUUUAUCCGAAUAUGACUUUAGUUGAUAUCAGAGAAAAUUUAUCUUUGUUUGAUGAUGCAUUUUCUAUUCAUCAACAAAUACCUGAAUUUCAAAUUGAUUCAACAACAUAUAAUCAAUUAAUUGAGAGAAUUAAUAAUGUAAAACAUCCAUUGAUACUUGUUGCAUAUAUUGAUAAUCAACCAGUUGGUUAUUUAAUGGGUUAUGAACGUUAUUCAUCAUUUUAUAUAUGGAUUGUUGGUGUUCUUCCUAAUCAUCGUCGACAAGGAAUACUUGUUCAACUAAUGAAUCGAACUGAACAAUGGGCUAUGAAAGAAAAAUAUAAAUCGUUGACGAUUAAAACACGUAAUUCUUUCAAAUCAAUGCUUCUCUUUCUCAUUUCACAUGAUUUUAAAUUAAUUGAUAUCGAUAAACGACAAUCGGUCGACACUCAUCGUCUUAUUUUAGAAAAACAGUUAAUCAUUUCACCGAAUUCAUCUUCUAAAUAUGAAUAA